CGUUGAAGCGGGGUGGAAAAUUGUGUUUGCUACAGGUUUUUCAGCGGCUUGUAAGUCAAUUAAAAAGUCAAUUUGUGUGGGUUCGCUGCUGGUUGCCAAUACCACAAUUUCUACAUUUCUACGGUUUCCGGCUGGAAACUGAGUCACGGACACGGUUGCGUUUACGGGUGAGGGAACGAUUGCGGCGCCGGAAUCCAGAGGAACGGGCAGUUUACCAGUGCAACGGGCGCACUUUGCGCCGCCAUCUGGUCAUGGAAUACAUCUUCGAGUGCUUCUUCGACGACACCUUUGAGCAGAUUACCAGAAACGGCCUGCAGGAUCGCCAGUCUCGGCGAGAUGUCCUCGACCAUCUGAGUUCCAUCAUCAAGGGCUGCAGCGGGGGACAGAACUCCCAGACAGACGAGGUCGCGGCCAUUGCAGUGACCGCGGCCAUGAGGUUUCACCGCUUGGCCAAGGAGCAGAACGGAAAGGUGUGCCUCAUGGGCAAGUAUCACAACAUCCUUUACAUCGGGCUGCGCACCUGCUGGGAUUGGGGAGUUCGGGACUCGGAGGUGGUCGUUCAACUGCUGCUGGCCAUUUAUGAGUGCGAAAAGACAUAUGAGCGGAUUUUUCUGGGCGCCCUGUUUGGACCACAUGCUCCGCACUUCAUCGCCGGCUGGCGGAGUGACUUCCAGGAUCAGCACGAGAAUGUCCGGGCCAUGGUUUACUUUCUGAAGCAUGCCACACGCGAGCAGCUCACAUUGCCCGUCUGGAUUCCGCGUUUCGAACAGGAGCGACAGCUUAGAUUCAUUGACGUCCCCAUUGAAUCGUGUGGCAAAUCCUCGCCCCUUCGCAUUGCCCUGCAGGCGAAUGCUCCCGAACUGCUGCUCAUACUGCUGAGAUAUGGUGCCGCACCACAGCCGCCGGACGGUGGCGCCUCCGUAAUUAUCGCGCUGCUUGACAAACUCAUCGAGGAUGGCCGCAAUUACAGCUUCGAACUGGUCAUGUGCCUCAAGAUUCUGCUGCGCAAUGUUGUCAUGAUUGAGAUGCCCUUUAAGCCCCUUUUAUACGCUUCCCGAAGGGAAAUGUUCUUCGAUCGCUAUGGCCGCCUGCUGAUGGACAAGAUUAUUGGCAAGGAGCAGGUCUACGGAGUGCCCAGUCUUCGUCACUUAUGCCGCUGCUGCAUUCGCGAUGUGCUGCGGGAGCAUAAUCAACUGCCCAACGGCAUAGACACGUUGAGGCUGCCAAAACGCCUGCAACGCUAUAUCGAUCUCACUGAGGAACUGGAAGGACCCGAGGCCCAGGAUUUGGAGGACGACCAGAAUGGGGAUCAAGGAAAACCAGCAACCAGAUGCAAACUGGGGGAAGUGAUGCCCCGAAUGGAAACCAUUAGCAGUGCGGGAGAAAGUGAGGAUGAAAGUGAAAACCAUGUGCAGCUGUUACAAGCUGUUACGGAUCCGGAAAAGGCCGCUUUAGCCGCAUUCGUGGCCACCGGAGAUGGGGCUUAUACGGAGGAGGCCAAGAAUGCGGCCGCGGCCGCUUACGUGGCAGCCUGUCCGCCGGAUAUCGAUCCCGAUUUUUCGCCAAUUUUCCUGCCCGGCGAACCCAGAUAGCCCUUAAGCCAAAAUCCAAAAUCUAGCACUCACCGAUACGUUUCCUCGCUGACAUUGAUGCGACCGGGAACGCCUGUAGUCUCCGUUCGGCUGGUUAAGUUGACCGUAUUGCCGAAAAGACAGUAGCGUGGCACUCGGUUGCCAAUCACACCGGUCACCACUUCGCCGGAGUGGAUGCCAAUGGUGAUUUGCUGGAAAAACAAGGACCAAACAAACUGAAUUAAUAAACUUAGAAUUUGUAAGAGGGUUUAUCUAGAAAAUAAAUCGGACCUCGGCUAAA